AUUUAUAUGAAAAUGUUUACUGUAAUUUCACAGUUAUUGCAUUUUGUAGACUUAUGUUAAUUUGUGGAGAGAUAUGGCUAUCUUCGAAAAAUCUAAUCAAACAAGAACAUUAAUCGACGACACUGAAAAACUUAGCUGUACAUUAGAAAACGCUCAUAGCGUAAAUAAACAUACAGAAUAUGUGCUUCAAGUACGGCGUGGUUAUAAUGAAGAAAAUAAGUGGACAGUGUCGCGACGCUACCGUGACUUUUCUUCUUUGCACGCCAGCUUACAACAAGCCAACAUAGAACUGCCACUACCACCCAAAAAGCUUAUUGGCAACAUGCAACCAUCCUUCAUAGCUGAAAGGCAAAUAGCUUUACAGAAUUACAUAAAAAAAGUUUUGGAGCAUCCUAUACUAGCAUUGUCACUACCUGUGCGAAGUUUUUUAGAUCCUCAAAAUUACUCAACAAUAAUAGCAGAAAGAGCCUUACAAACUGUGUCAAUUGCGUUGAGAGGUGAUGGUCAGUAUGAACUCAAGGGACCUCUACCUGAUAUUGGCUGGAGAGUUCGAAAACAUUAUUUCUCUGUUACCGAGUCAGGCAGUGGAACAAACUGCCUGCUAUCUUUUCAGAGCUAUGGACCUGACAAGCAUUUAUCAAACAAAGACCUGCAAACUGCAUUUAAAAGUCUACAAAACUUAUCUCACCCCAACAUAGCUGAAAUAUUAUCCCUACACACAUUAGAAACAGGUGCAUAUGUAGUCCGACGAAUAUACGAGAAAGGCAGCCUCAGAGAUAUGCUGUAUGGCACGGAAUACAACAAGUGUUAUUUGUCUAAGUAUGGCAACCCCAAAGUUCGGAAACCCUUAACGUUGGGUCAGUUGGCUCACUAUGGCUACCAAAUAUUACAGGCGCUAAAAUUUCUAAACGACAAAGGAAUACCACACGGGCAUUUACACCCGGGAAACAUAGCUAUAGACAAUCAAAGAGCGGUGCUACUGGACAUAGAGAAUAGCCUGCUGGGAGUGCCCUGUCUAUACCGACCGUACCUUGUGAAGUGCAAGCGAGUGAACCGAGCACCGGCCAUAGACGUGUACUGUUUCGGUCGCACGAUGUACGAGCUCGCCACGGCCAAACCUCUCGAUGGGUACUGCUGUGAUGUCUUUGAAAAUAGUAUAUCGAUGGGCGCGCAUCAGGAUUUGGAGAAUUUACUGCGCAUGUGUAUAUCGAGCGUCAUGUGUCGCCACGGCUCGGUUUCAUACAACCAGCUGCUGUGUCACUCGUUCUUCACGCGCGCUUCGCUCAACGGCGUCACGGACCGAACGCACCUGAAGUUUCCCCUGUCGCUGAAAGACCAGCUGCGACUGAGCGUCACGGCGAUGGAGGAGCGGCUCAGGGAGGACCAGAAUAUGCAAAGAAAAGCGAAGAAGGAAGUCAGAAUACAGGAGCUGCUGAGCUCCGACGUCGAAAUGAAGAGACAACAGAAGAGAGCCAAAAAACGCGAGAGCGUUUGGAAGUCGACGUCGUCCCUGGCGGAGACACACAGCGGCAGUACAGUGUCCUCGCCCACGCCCCCCGCGCCGCCCCCGCCGCCGCCGCCCCAGCCCGCAAGUGAUUCCGGUCGGUCAGCCCUUCUACAAGACAUCUGCAACUUCGACCGCUCGCGCCUGGCCGGGAAGGGGCCCGCGCGGUGAGACCCACACGUAACUACGCCCCAGACAAUCCAGAGGCGUAUUUGGAAGUUUCUUUACGUAUUUGUAAACAAGACAUUCUAGUGUUAGGACAAGCUCCAGUGUUGAGUAUUAUCUACAAUUAAUUACCAAAAAUGUAAAUAAUUUUAUUAUAAAUAGCGAUUUUGCGCUGGUGUUGUUAUGUUUUGCUUGCAACGUUAAAAAGUGUAAGGAUCUCAUGAUAUUGCUUGGUGCAAAAUGAGCCGCUCACCACUGUGAUAUAUUCUGGUAUCUUAUAACACUGCAAGUUGGGUUGGAUGGCACUAUAGGCCAAAAUACAAGACAAAUGAAAACUUCAAAGUCAAAAUUUGUAUGAAAUUUUGUGCGUCUCGUUACUUGGACCAUAAUCAUAAAAUCUGUAUUAAUCUGGCCUAUAAUAACGUGGUAUUUACCUGGAAUGGAACUGAGUUAGAGUAAAAAAAAAAAAACGUUUUGUUAAGAUUUUGCUCGUUCAAAAAACGAUUAUCUAAUUGAUUUUCGUAUUGACUGACCAUUGUAUUCAUAGCUAUUAUAAUUUGAAAUUUUUAUACGGUUAAAAAUGUAUCUUAUUUUUAGUGAAUACUUGAAAUACAUGUAAAACUAAAGAAAAUUAUUUUUUAUUGUAAGUCAAUUUAGGCAGUAAUACCUACGUUAUUAUAAUUUACGUUAAUCUUACAUUUAUUCAAUUGAUCUGAAUAAAAGCUUGGUUUGUGGGUACAACACAUUGACAGUCAACUGAACAAAAGAUGGUUAGUAGUAACUUUUAUCACAUCUGUUUUUUUCGAUGAAACAAGAAAAGCUCUCGAAACUUGAACAAAACUAUCUUUAACUGUGAACGGCCACUGUAAGUAGAUGUUGGAGAUGUAACGGCUUUAAUGUAGAGUUAAGAGA